AUGGAGGGGGUUUCGUUUGCCAACGGAUUCUUGUUGCCGGUUAGGCUUUUCAUGUCAGUUUUCUACAAUUCAAGGAGGAUCUUCACGAUUGUGGAUUGGGCUCCUCCCCGACGAGGCCCGCCCACAACAAGCCCGAUGAGCCCGACGUGCAAAAUGAAGCAUGCCUUGAUGUGCGCCCGCUCUUGUCACAGGCAUCAGUUGCCGCCGCAAAUGGGAGACGGCGGUGGAGGCCGUCGACUGCUCCGACAACGUAGCCGAGCACGUUUUUCGAUGGCCAUGAAGAAAGCAAAGGAGGGCCCGAGUGGGGCUAUGUAUGUCGUUGUUGGAGUCUUGGAAAUGUCGAGCAACCAAAGGCCAGCCAAGAAAAUGGUGGCGACAGCCGAGCCCUAA